AUGGCUAGCUCAUUCGAACGAGCUGUUGAACUCCCGUCAAUGUUGACGGCGAAGGAAAUCCGUGAGGGUGUGGAGAUCGGCUGGAGGCACAUACCGAAGCCGAACCGCGUCUACACAUUCUAUAUAACACUUCACGAACGAUUCCGUCCUCCCAUAGAGUUCAAAGAUCCAAAUGCAUUCCGAUUUCGGAUUGUUGAUGACGGUGAGCGGGAGUUCCGCGGUAAACAGGGUCAAGUGAACUACUCAUAUGUAUUCGAAUAUCCGUUGAAACGACUUGAGGAAUACAAGGCGACCUUGUUCGCUGAAGAUGACCAAUACUGUCACACCGCGGAUUCCACUAUUCUCUUCAACACGUCCGCGCUGUCACCAAGCCGUACCGUAAACGUGCAUCGGUCAUUCGAAGGCACACCGUUCCGACCCAGUGAUCAGUCUAUUGUUGGAAUUGCAAACAACACUGUGACAUCAUCUGUUCGACACGGUGACACAGUAAAUAUGCAAAUCGAACAAAGGGCACCGACACUCAACAAAUUCUCAGCGAUUCUGAAUGAAUUGGCUGAUUUCAACUCUCUACUAGUUGCAGGUCGACCUGUCGUUGUUCAUCGGAUUUUUGUUGUUGUUCACCAUGCUCAGUCCGCUAUGCAUGGUCUUUGUCUACUGCUUCUAUCGAAAGCGAAAAAGCAUUCCAUCCUCGAGACGAACAUUCUCUAUCGACAGCCGAUUGAGUUUAAAACCCCACAAACAGAGGAAGAUUGGCUUAUUCCAAGCGAAGACGUCAGCGUCGGAGCUGUAAUUGGUAACGUUCUUGCGUGCGCUGUAGUAAACAGAAUUUCUAUUAUAUGAGAAGGUGCUUUCGGACUAGUGUGUAAGGGUACGAUGAGCGGUCCAAAGGGAAUGGCUGUCAGAGUUGCGAUAAAACAACUUAAGGUUGGUCGUCACCCGAAUAUUGUCACGAUGUAUGGCUUGUGCGAGGAGAAGAAUUUUCAAUGCAUGGUUAUGGAAUACGUUCCGUUCGGCGACCUUAAGCACUAUCUGCAAAAUCUUCGCAAACAGUUAUCGCUGGCAGUUUCCACGCUGAAAACUUCGUUACGAAUGGAGGAAAGUGUCAACCCAGCAAUGCACUCGUCACUUAUAGGCGCCGAGCAACUGCAGUAUUCAUUGGAUCCAGCCGAAUUACAAUCUUUCGCUGCUCAGGUUGCAAAUGGCAUGGCUCAUCUGGAAUCGCUCAAUAUUACUCAUAGAGAUCUUGCGGCUCGUAAUAUCCUAGUGGGUGAGAAUAAACAAUUGAAGAUCAGUGAUUUUGGAAUGUCACGUCUUGGUGUCUAUGUAAAAAUGAGUAAAGGAAUGAUUCCGUUGCGUUGGCUCAGUCCUGAAGCAAUACAAGACAACACUUAUUCCACGAAAAGUGACGUUUGGGCAUACGGCAUCGUGUUAUGGGAAAUUGUGACUUUGGGUGGAUUUCCGUAUCCGACAGUGUGCGACAAGGAUAUACUGCAAUAUUUGUUGGAUGGUAAUCGUCUGGAGAAACCGCUCAGUUGCUCUGACGAAAUCUAUGCCGUGAUGAACGAGUGCUGGCGUCUAUGUGUAAAUGAUCGACCGUCGUUCGUUUGCCUCUGCGACCGUUUGGGUUCGCUAACCAUUCCCUACGUCGAAUUUGCUCCAAACACAACACUUCCUCCACACAACGGCUUUGAACUCAUUGACAGUGGAACAAUCAUCGCUCAAUGA